AUGCUUGCCAGUGGGACUCGAUGUCCCUGCUGCUGCAUGAUCAGGGGAGCAAUUGCGUUGCACCAGCGGCUUCUUCAGCACCAGCUGCCGCACCACCAGCUGGUGCAGCGGCGGUAUUCUUGCAGCCAAAGCAGCGCACACUCUGUAGCAAAGAGGCCGACGCAGCAGCAAAUGCAGCAGCUGCAAAAGCAUCAACAACAGCAGAAACUACCGCAGCAUCACCGUGGGCUGGAUCAGCCUUCUAGGGCUGAUGCUGUUCCUACUAUUCUUGGCCGGUUUGUCGCUGCCUGCCGAAGUUUUGAACGGCAGCAGCAGCAGCAGCAGCAGCAAGGGAUAGAUGCAGGGUCUACGACAUCUCUUCUUGCCGCAAGAGCAGCCAUUGCGUCAGCCCCUGUUGUGUGCAUUCAGGCUUUGCUGCAGGCACUUCAGCAGCAUUCGUUGCAUUUAUCUUUACUCCUUCCGCUUGCCGAUGCAUUCUAUGUUGCUGCGGAGAAGACCAUCCAACAGAAGCAACAGCAUCAACACCGUCUGCUGCUGCUUGGUCAGCAGCAGCAACAUCAGCAGCGGCAGGCGGCAGAGGACAUAUUGCAACUCGCACUGUUGCUACAGCCGCGCAGCUUCGUUCUAGGUGGGAAGCAGCAGAAGCAGCAGAUAGAAGAGCUUUUGCUUCUGCAGGCGCCCCAAACACGGCAACAACAACAAAGGGCGCUUAUGGCUGCGAUGAAGCUGCUGUCAACCCUGCUUCUACACGAACAGCCGGUGCUGGUGCGGGAGUCACUGCUUGCUAGAGCGCUGGUGCAGGCCUCCGACCAGGGACUCCAGCAACUGCUUCAGCAGGCAGCAGCGAAAUAUCUUAGACACUCCAUGUGUGACAGCAGCAGCAGCAGCAGCGUCGGCAGCAAUAACUCUCGCGUGGCGCUUGCAGCGGCGUUAUUACGCUCAUUUAUUAUUGCUGCGCCGCCUAAAGAUGUAAAGGAUGCGAUCGCCAACUUCCUUAUCCCGGUUGCUGCUGCUACGUCUGCUACUGCUGCUAAGUCCCCUCCGGGAAGCAACUUCUUCUUGCAGAAGCAGCAGCAGCUUGCAGCUUGGUGUGACGUAGCCGCUGCCUUGUGCUUGGAACAGCAGCAGCUACCGCUCGUGCGCCGGCUGCUCCCAGGUGUACAGGCAGCCAUCUGUUGUUCUCUCCUUCAACUGCAGCAGCAGCAGCCGGAAAGAGGGCUGGAAGCGGUGAGACUUGCAGCACGCAUGUUAGAGCCAGCCGCAGCGGCGCUUGUGCUGAUACGUGAGCGGGCUGAGUUUGCAGCAAAUGCAGCAUCAGGAUCAGGAGACGAACCUGAGUCUCCAGACCCGAGGAGUGAGCUCUUUUCGAGGGCCAUACGGCGAUUGGUUCAACAACAAAAGCAGCGGCAGCAACAACAACGAAAAGAGCACAGUGAAGAAUUAACUGCUGCAGUAACCACUCUCCAGGAGACAUUUUUGCGAUUGUGGAGGAAGCAGCAGCAACAGGACGACGUGAUGCAUCGCCGUCAUCCGGUGCCUCGUCCCUCUCUAUUGUCUCCCUUCAGUGUUGGCGCUGGUGCAGCACAAGGAGCCGCAGUGUCAGCAGAAGAGCCAGCAGCAGCAAGAACAGUAGCUGGAGUGUGCACACGUGCUCUAAGCCCCCUAGCGUCAACUGACUCAGAGGCAGCGUUGCUGGGGCUGCUGCAUCAGCUGCUUCUGCUUGCCGAUAUUCCUGGGCUGCAACAGUUAAACGACUUCUUGCAUUGCGUCUCUCGGGAGGUGCUGCCUGCUUGCGACCUGCAGCAGCUUUUACUUCUGCUGCAGCGAACAGCGCAGCUGCAGGAACAACGACAUCAGCAGCCUUUUCCGGCCCUUGACUUGGGGAAUUUCGUUGGUGCUCUGCUCUUGGCAAUCGAGCGGAAUGUGAAGCCUCACCAGCAUGACAGCACCAGUAGCAGCAGACUCCAGAGGCUGAUAGUUCUAGCAGACGUUCUCUUUUCCCCGUCUUUAAGAAGGCAUAUGCGGCCUCCAUCUUCUGCUACUGCUGCUGCAGCGUCAUCUCUUGUUGAUCAGCUGCUUCUCGAAAUCCAGCUGCUUCAACGCCAGCAGCGGCUGGCCAUAGAACAGCGGCUGGAACUGCAGCAGCAAGUUGUGCUUGCGGUCCUUAAGAUGGUCUCUGGGGCUCACUCUUUGCUGCAGCUGGGUGAAGAUAACAGCGCUCCGCUUGUGGCAGCAGCAGGAUGUGAUGAAGCAUGGCAAGGUGGAAAAGCAGCAGCAGCAGCAGCAGCAGACAUUUUCCACGGUCUUUUGUGCAGCCCGCUGCUACUGCAAGUGCUGAGCGAGAUGAUCAAUAUGCUGCAUAGCACAGGGGAGAUCGUUGCCGCAGCAGCAGCAGGAGCCUCCACAACAGAAUCAGCAGUUGGUGGACAUCAGCAGGACCAGCAUUCUGGCAGUGUAUCAACAGCAGCAGUGCAUAGACACUCCAAUGGUUUGGUCCUUGCUGCUGCUGCUCUCACACGGCUCGUUGGGGUGUUUUUGGUCUUCUUGCUCGGUUGUAUGACUCUGCUGCAGUCUUUUUCUCAAGCUGCCGAGACGCUGCAGCCCCGACAGCACGAGCAGCUAUUGCGAGGGCGGCAGCAGCCACGAGUUCCCCAGCUGCCGAGCAGCUGCUGCAAGAUAUUCGAAGAGGCUUUCGAUCUUGCAGUCUGCGGACAGAAUCCCUCGAAGUUGUUGGAGCCGCGGUACACAUCCUUGGCAAGAUUCAGAGGUUCACCCAACAGGGUCGGCUCGCUUGCUCCGUCAUGCGGGGUUGCGCUUCAGCAGCGGCAGAAGUCCCUGACGGAGCGCGUAAUUGGAUGGCUGCGAUCCCAUCCGCAACCGCGCAUUCAAAGGGACGCAUUUUGA